UUCCGUGACGUGUUGGCCCUCUUUCCCGUUACUUCUAGGCAUAUAAGACCCGUAGAUGAUGCCAGUAUCCAUCAGUCUCUCCCUACCUCUCAGUGAAUCAACAUGACUCUCAGUAUGAGACUGCUAGUAGUGGCAGUGGUGGUGCUGCUGGCGCUAGUAUCAGUACUAGUUGAAGGGGAACCACAUCCCUUAUUCUUCGACGGGUAUGGUGGCUAUGGUGGUUAUGAUGGCGGAUACGGCAAAGGAAAGGGAAAGGGUGGUAAGGGAAAGGGUGGUAAGGGAAAGGGAUGUUCGUGCGGACACGGUGGCGGAUAUGGUGGUGGACAUGGUGGUGGCGGCUAUGGUGGUGGCGGACAUGGUGGUGGCGGCUAUGGUGGUGGCGGACAUGGUGGUGGCGGCUAUGGUGGUGGCGGAUACGAGAGUGGAUAUGGCGGCCACAGUGGCGGGUAUGGCGGCCACGAUGAUGGAUAUGGUAGCUAUGGUUACCAUUAAGAUGGAGCAGGUUAAGGUGUUAUACUUUGUUGUAUGGCAACAAUAAUAAUAUUAAUCGUGUUUUGAACUUAUAAAUACAUGUACCAUAGUU